AUGUUUAAACUUGUUUUAAAACUUCUUUUGGCGUUUUUAUUAACUAUAAGUGUUUUUCUGGACACAAAGUAUGUUGAUAAAAAUAAGCUUUCUUAUACCCUAACAAAUAGUAGUAACUUCUAUAAAUCUAAACCAUAUUCAAAUAUAUUAACAAAAAUAAAAAAUUAUACAUUUAAAGCUAUUUACAAGACAAAGCUAUUAACCUAUGUGAAUGAUAUAAAUAACUUAAAUUUGGGAAAAGAGAAAAAUGAAUUUUAUUUAAUUGCACUUCCCUUAAGUGAUAAAUUUAAUCCAUUUUCUGGAACAUUUUGCCAUGACAAUAUUCAAUAUAGCGACAAAGCAUCCUUGCCAAUAUUUAUAUAUGACAUAUUGUUAAACAAACAUAUUGAAGUCCCUUGGAAUUUUGUGAUAGAAAAAGUUGACAUAAAAAAAAAUGAAAUUUAUAAUAAAAUCACAAUGCCAGAAAUAAAUAUGCCCAAUAAUUAUAAAAAUAUUAAUAAGGUGGAUAGAAUAUUUAUCAAUGUACUAGACUUUAAAGCUAAAAAAAAUUUCCUAUUUCUCCCAAAUUAUAUAAUGAAGUCAUUACAAUUAAACUGUUUUGAUGUAGUUAAACUUAAAUUUGUUAAACUUGAAACAGCUACUAGUAUCAUUCUACAACCCCAUGAUAAAAAGUUUUUUCAACUAAAUGAGCCAAAGAAAAUUUUGGAAGAAAAACUUAGAUAUUAUUCAUCUUUAACUAAGAACAGCACAAUAUGCAUAUUUCAUAAUAAUUUUAAUUAUUAUUUUGAUGUUGUUAAAAUAGAUUCAGAAAAAAAAAAGGAUGUCGAAGUAGCAUCAAUUCAAGACUCUGAUGUUAUUUUCGAUUUUGUCAAAGAAAAAUAUCCAUAA